GAACUCGCCAGACUCAACGGUAACUUACUUCUCCUUCUUCAAUAGAAAGAUAAUAUAACUCUUUCCUCAAUUUGGUUUACUACUACUACUACUACCCGAAUACAUACAAAGAUAUGGAUUUCAGUUCGUUCUUAACGUCUCUGGGUACAGCGUUUGUGAUAUUUGUGAUCUUGAUGUGUCUCUUCUCAUGGCUGUCAUCGAAACCCGGGAACAGUGUCGUUUACUACCCGAAUCGGAUCUUGAAAGGGUUGGAACCGUGGGAAGGGGGUACAAAUGGAUCCAGAGGGACCCGAAACCCGCUUGCUUGGAUACGAGAGGCUCUCUCUUCAACCGAACAGGACGUUAUCUCCAUGUCCGGUGUUGAUUCCGCCGUCUAUUUCGUCUUCCUCACUACCGCAUUGGGAAUCUUUGUUUUGUCCGGGGUGAUUCUGUUGCCGGUUCUUCUACCAUUGGCUGCAACUGAUACGAUGACCAAUAGUUCAAAAUCAACCAACACCACCAGCGCUGGAACCUUCAACGAACUCGACAAAUUAUCAAUGGGAAAUGUUGGAGAGGGGAGUCCUAGGUUGUGGGCUUAUGUGAUAGCUGAAUAUUGGGUUUCUCUCUUGACUUAUUAUCUUCUUUGGAAAGCCUACAAACAUGUUUCGGCCCUUAGAGCUUCUGCCCUAAAAUCCCCUGAACUCAGACCCCAUCAAUUCGCCAUCCUCGUUAGAGAUAUUCCGAAGUCAAGCCAAACCCAGACCAUCAAGGAACAUGUCGAUUCCUACUUCACAGCCAUCUAUCCAGACACAUUUUAUAGAUCAAUGGUCGUCACAAACAAUAAACAAGUCAACGCUAUCUGGGAAGAGAUACAAUCCUACAAAAAGAAACUUGAUCGUGUUCAAACCGUUUAUGCUGCUGCCGACAAGACUACAGCUACUCGACCCAAGAUUAAAACCGGGUUUCUUGGUCUCUUUGGGGAAACCGUCGAUACUAUUGACUAUUACACGCUCAAAAUUAAUGAGUUAACUCCCAAGCUAGAGGAGGAACGAAAGUUGACUCUCAGAGAAAAACAGCAAGCCUCUGCAAUCGUCUUCUUCAAAAACAGAGUGACUGCUGCCGCGGCUGCUCAGAGUCUUCAUGCCACCAUGGAAGAUAAAUGGACAGUAAUGGAAGCUCCGGAAGCCCGUCAACUUAUUUGGACAAACCUCCACAAAAAAUACUACGAAAGACAAGUGCGACAUUACCUAGUCUGUGUGCUGGUGGCAUUGAUGGUUGUCUUCUACAUGAUCCCCAUUGGAUUCGUGUCUGCACUCACAUCGCUAGCCAAUUUGGAGAAAUAUCUCCCGUUUUUAAGGUCAAUAGUGGAGAUAGCUGCCGUUCAGACCGUUUUGGAGGCUUACCUUCCUCAAUUAGCCCUCAUCGUGUUCUUAGCUCUGCUUUCGAAGUUGCUUUUGUCGCUAUCGAAAGCAGAGGGUCUUCCUUCGGAGAGUCACGCAGCCAGGGCUGCAUCAGGGAAAUACUUCUGUUUUACAGUGUUUAACGUGUUCUUAGGAGUUACCAUUGGAUCGACUCUAUUCGAUACGUUCAAAGACAUCCAGGAGAAUCCAAAUUUAGGCUACAUUUCUAAUCUUCUAGCCGAGUCUCUUCCAGGGAAAGCCACCUUCUUCCUUACAUUCGUGGCCUUGAAAUUCUUUGUAGGAUAUGGUCUCGAAUUGUCACGAAUAGUCCCGUUGAUCAUGUACCACGUGAAGAGGAAAUACCUAUGCAAAACAGAAGCUGAAAUCAAAGAAGCUUGGGCUCCAGGGGAUAUUGGUUAUGUAAGUAGAAUCCCCGGGGAUAUGUUAAUCUUGACGAUUGUCCUUUGCUAUUCCAUUAUCGCGCCCAUCAUUAUCCCAUUUGGGGCGCUCUAUUUCGGGCUGGGGUGGCUAAUACUUAGAAACCAGGUUUUGAAAGUGUACGUUCCUUCGUACGAGAGCAAUGGGAGAAUGUGGCCACACAUACACACCAGAAUAUUGGCGUCGCUGUUGCUAUACCAAAUGACGAUGUUCGGUUACUUUUCGCUGAAGAAGUUUACAGGGGCGGUGAUCUUGAUUCCACUUCCUGUAUUGACAGUGAUCUUUGCAUUGGUAUGCAGAAGUAAAUUCUAUGGAUUUUUCAAAGAUCCCGCCCUGGAGGUAGUUGCUAGUAACGAAUUGAAGGAUACUACUAAUCCGGAAGUUAUCUUCAAAUCAUUCAUACCGCCUAGUUUGGCGGUUUCUGAUGAUGAUGAUAAGGUUCCAGAUGAAGAUCAAUUCGAAGAUGCGUUAUCACAAGUGUCCAGGUCAGUCUCCUUCGCUUAGGCAGAAGUAGCGACGAUUGAUGAUCGAGGGUUAGUUGUGAUUUUUUAGUUUGUACAUUAUUAUUAUUUAUGUGAAUGUUUUUGUAUGUGUCCAUCAUAAUGUAUUGCUAAUUUAGGUUAUAUGUUUUUCUACUGUUGUUGUUGUUGUGUGAAAGUUUGGUGUAUGGAUUUCUAAAUUAGGUUUUCAUUUGUAUUAAUUAGGAAGAUACAUUUUCCUUUGUAAGUUUGUUACUUCAGUACUUUUGUUUUUUUAAAAUGGCUAAUGACUAGUUUUCUUUUGGUGUU